AAGCUUUAUAUAGAAGACUUGCCUUAACCUUACCUGCACAAGGUGGGGGGUCAAUGAAAGAAAGCAAGAAAGUUCAUAGAAAAAGCUAGCUAAAGCUUAAAAGCUCAAAAGAAAGCUGAUCCAUACCACAAAGCUACCAAGUGCUCUUCUCUCUCUAUCCAUUGCCCCUCUCUCUUUCUCUCUCUAGCUAUGAUCAGUGCUAAAGAAACAAUUUAAUAAAUUAAUUAAUUAAUUAAUUCCCACUUGAAAAGUCCUCGUACAGGGGUAUAGGUGAGGUAGGGAUUGAUUAAUAUUAUGCUUCUUCCAUAUCAUCAUCUAUAAGAUAUAUAUUCUCACCACCCAUGUUAGUCGACAACGCUGCUGCAGCAGCACCCACAUCUGGUCCAUCUUCUUCUUCUGAUGCCUUCACUUCCUCACAAAAUGGGUUUCUUACUAACAAAAGGAAAAGAAGACCAGCUGGUACACCAGAUCCAGAUGCUGAGGUGGUUUCACUAUCGCCAAAAACUUUAUUGGAAUCAGACCGAUACGUGUGCGAGAUCUGCAACCAAGGGUUUCAAAGGGACCAGAACCUUCAGAUGCACCGGCGUCGGCACAAAGUGCCGUGGAAGCUUCUGAAGAGGGAGUCGGGGGAUCAGGUGAAGAAGAGGGUGUUCGUGUGCCCCGAACCCAGCUGCUUGCACCACCACCCAUCCCACGCUCUGGGCGACCUCGUCGGCAUUAAGAAGCAUUUCAGGAGGAAACACAGCAAUAACAAGCAGUGGGUGUGUGACAAGUGCUCUAAGGGAUAUGCUGUUCAGUCUGAUUACAAGGCCCAUCUCAAGACUUGUGGUACCAGAGGACAUUCUUGCGACUGUGGCCGUGUCUUUUCCAGAGUAGAGAGUUUCAUUGAACACCAAGAUACUUGCAGUCUUAGGCAUGUCCAGCCUGAGUUGCAGGCAUUGCAGCCGGGCUGCUCGUCUCGAACAGCUUCAAGCACCAGUCCCUCAAGCGACACCAAUUUCAGUAUUGUCCCAUUGCCUAUAACUGCAGCAAUGCCAACAUUACCGCCUGCUGAACGUGUCUUCUUAAGCGCCAGCGGGCGUCACAAUUCGUCAUCUCCUCCUGUGGAUCAUGAUCAUGAUCAUGAUCAGCAGCAACACAAUUUGGAACUUCAACUCUUGCCAUCAUCAAACACUUGCUGCAUGUUGCGGAACUCAGAUGAAAAUCAAGAAACUCAUUUGAAACUCUCGGUUGGGUCAUGCAGUGGCGGCGAAUUGAGUGCUGAACCGAACUGCCCAAAAUUGGAUGCAGGUAGAAGCUCUCCGCGAGAAAUUAGGAAUGUAAUGGAAGCCACAUUGGAAAUAUCAAGGUUGAAAGAAGGGGCAAGUGAGCAGCUAAAGUUGGCCAUGGCCGAAAAGGCCUUAGCUGAAGAGGCUAGACAACAAGCAAGGAAGCAAAUUGAGUUGGCCGAGUUGGAAUUUGCCAAUGCCAAGAAAAUUCGACAAGCAGCACAGGCUGAGCUCGAAAAGGCUCAAAUUCUAAAAGAGCAGGCCACAAAGAAGAUCAGCUCCACCAUUUUGGAAAUCACCUGCCAUGCUUGCAAGCAACAAUUUCAAGCAAAAACAACCACAGCACCAGCUGAUGAGGCCUCCCUUGCUAUGAGUUAUAUGUCAUCGGCCACAGAAGGUGAAGGAGAGUUUUAGUAACAAAUUAUGAUUUAGCAACUCUCGAUCUCACCCAAUCUUUUUAAUCUUUUAUUUAUAAAUUGCCACCCUUUUUUUUGUUUCCCCUUCUCUUUUUGAUGAUAUAUCAUUUGGGUGUUGUCAUAUGGUGUCAAGAUGUAGAACUAGUGAAAUGUAAACUUGUUGUUGUUGUGUGUUGAAAAUUUCUUCAUUUGUUUCUAAUGGAAAAAUGCGACAAUUGAAGUUUA